UACCUGUUUACUAAAGCUAUCAAGAGGUGACAAAAGAAGGGCAAUACCAAGUUGUACCACAAGAUGGCGCAAUGACUCCAUCUAACAUUUAUUCUACCAGGUAACUCUUAUUUUUAAUAGUGGCCACAUAAAAUAAAAGGAAUAAAGGAGCAAAUAAGAAGUACAAAUCCUCAAACACCCCAAGUUAAAAUGCAAUUGCAUAAAACAACUUUAAGGUCUAAAUGGUAACGACCCAACAGCUCCGUUCCCGUAGACUCUGCUUCAUAUUUUCCUCCAAGCCCUGACUGUCAACACGCCAUCAGACCACUGCACAGCACUUCUGCGCCACCGGGCUUCUGUCAACUGAACAUAAGUAUGCACCGGCUGUUGUAUGUACACGCUACGGAGAAAGCGAUAAACCAUUCAUUUACUCACGAAAGCUGUGCUUUCUUUAAGACAGGUGGCAAUAACUGAAAGCCUGAACCAGCCAACCAGAAAGUCCAGCCAGUGUUUACCUGUUUCUCAGGUAGGGUGUGAACAGGGGGCAGGGCCACCCACGAGGUAGGAGGGAUGCCCGUGGAGGGCGGAAGCAGCAGUGGCUCUGCUUCAGCUGCCCGUCACCCCAAGCAGAAGCGCAAGGCUCACAGUUUGUCUAUCAGGCGCACCAACAGCACAGAGGAGAGGCCGGGAGGCAUCCAAAGAGGAGACAUGCUGGAUGGACAGGACUCCAAGCUGCCUCUUGCUUUGCGGAGCAAUCUUCUUGACCUGUUUGGUCAGAUUGAACGGGAGUUUGAGAAUCUCUACAUAGAAAACCUUGAAUUACGUCGGGAAAUUGAAUCACUGAAUGAGCGGCUGACUGGAGAUGGACAGGCUGUUGAGGGAGGAGACCCCACCAAGGGAGCCUUGAAAACAAAAGCCAGCCACAGCACCAGUCAACUGUCACAGAAGCUGAAGACGACCUACAAAGCCUCUACUAGCAAGAUCGUGUCCAGUUUCAAAGCCACCACCGGCUCCCGGGCUUUGUGCCAGCUGCUCAAGGAGUAUGUGGGCCAUCGGGAUGGGAUCUGGGACCUCAGUGUCACCCGAACUCAGCCAGUGGUGCUGGGCACUGCCUCUGCAGACCACUCAGCGCUGCUGUGGAGUAUAGAGACUGGCAAAUGUCUGCUGAGGUAUGCUGGCCAUGCCGGAUCAGUCAACUCCAUCAAAUUCCACCCCACAGAGCAGAUGGCACUCACAGCCUCUGGGGACCAGACGGCUCACAUCUGGCGGUACAUGGUGCAGCUUCCAGCCCCACAGCCACCACCAGAUGUCAGUGCUCCGUGCGAUGAAGACCAGGAUUCAUCGGACAGAGAGGAAGGCGAGGUGGAUGGCGAGGGCCCUUGUGAAGUGCCCACGGUCCGGGUUGCUACUGCAACACUCAAGAGCCACCAGGGCGUCGUAAUAGCAGCUGAUUGGUUAGUGGGAGGCCGACAAGUGGUGACAGCUUCCUGGGAUCGUGCUGCCAACCUGUACGAAGUUGAGACUUCUGAACUGGUUCACACGCUCACUGGCCAUGACCAGGAGCUGACUCACUGCUGUACCCACCCAACCCAGCGGCUGGUGGUCACUUCAUCCAGAGACACCACCUUCAGACUGUGGGACUUCAGAGACCCAUCCAUCCACUCUGUCAACGUCUUCCAGGGACACACCGACACGGUGACAUCUGCGGUGUUCACAGUAGGUGACAAUGUGGUUUCAGGAAGUGAUGACCGUACUGUCAAGGUGUGGGAUCUGAAGAACAUGAGGUCACCUAUAGCAACCAUCCGCACUGACUCAGCUGUGAACAGGAUCAGCGUGUCUGCCAACCAGAAGAUCAUUGCUCUGCCACACGACAAUCGACAAGUACGCCUGUUUGACAUGAGUGGGGUGAGGCUGGCCAGACUUCCACGCAGCAACAGAAUGGGUCACAGGCGAAUGGUGUGUUGCACGACGUGGAAUGAAGAAAACCAGUCAUGCAACCUGUUCACGUGCGGCUUCGACCGCCAAGCUAUCGGCUGGAACAUCAACAUCCCCGCCCUGCUGCAGGAGAAGUGAUCAGAGUCCCUCCGUGUACAGACGGCGCAGCACACGUCUGCACUGUAACCUGUGGCCUCGCACACGCGUGUUUCCUCUGUCGAGCAGUUUGGUUGUCAUGUGCUUCACAGCUUUCCAACAGUGAGCUACAAGUUCAGACAAUAAUUGCUCCUCAAUUACUCUCACAUGAAAGCCUUUUCAGGUCAUCUGAGCACGCGUGUACGAGGCCACACAGCCGACCUUCUGCGUCUGACCCUUCACUUAUUUAGCAUGGAUCGUGAAUUGUGACAAGGCUCGUCUGAUCUGUCCGCCCCCAGCCUCCUCUAUAUAUUUCUGACCCGUGUGCCGCGGGGCUGCUGUUGUUUAGUUACUGCUGAAUGGUCGCUCUUGCAUGUAGAUAAACCCAGUUUGCAAAUGUUACUUGUAAAGUCACAAGAGAAUAGAAUUUGUAGAAUACGAUGUGUAAAUAAUAUAUUGUGGCCUGUUUUAAGUGACCUGUGUUGCAGGUUGUUGUUAGCUAAUGUGUCUUACAGUUUGGCAGAGACAGUUCUGUGAUUCUUUUAUUUUAUUUUAUCCUUUUGGUCAAAUAUUUGGAAGAUUUCUUAUCGCAGAAACAUAUCACAAAUCUCCGCCAUAUCACCUGUGCAGCGAGCGGGCUGCCGGGCCAGUCGGCGAGCGCUUCAAACGGCGUCUGAGCCGUUGUGGGAAGCUUUUGACAGAUUGAGAUUCGCUCCCUUGCCUGUUACCUUUGAUGCUUUCAGUUUCACAGCCAGCCUCCAUAUUUCCAGAAAUAGUUGAAACUGUAACUCUGCCUUGUUCUGUGUUUACAGUGGAUUUUUAUUUUUUUUAAACAUGUUGCUUUAUUCUGCCUUUUCUGUGAGGAUGUAAAGUGUCAAGAGCAUAGCAAUAAUGACUCUCUGUGAACGGGAAUGUGUUGUGCAUUAUCAUAAUCCAGUAUUCCCUACGUGCUGCUGGUCUGUGUGUCCAUAAGCUCAGUAUAGACUCGUCCUCUUUAGCUUGCUGCCAGCUCCUGAGCCCUGCGUUGCUGUACUGUGUGAUCCUUAAGUGAACUUGUCAGGUCAUUUCUGUGCUUCAGUAGCGCUCCUGUCAACAUGCUCUCGCAGUUUGUGUUGAGCCCUCAGUCUUCUAUAACUUCCUGCAUCUUUGUCGCUGACGGCGCUUUUACUCUCUGCAAGGAGCGCUCUUUAUCCAAAAACAGAAGCAAUAACCCAGCUUGACUCGAUGUUUCUGGUGCUCGGAGUGAAGCCCGGGUCUUUCUUUCUUGUUUUCUUCCAUUUUGAAAUCAGUGACUAGAACUUGAAAUACACACUGAAUCUCAGUUUGAGUUCUGACUUGUCUAGAAAUAGGCUUAACUGGAUUCCAGGAAGCUCCAAUUGUUACACUUGUGCAAUAUUUUAAACAUGAAGUCACGCUGUAGUUUCUCACACGUUUAAUCGACUUCAGUGCUGUAAAACCCAUACAAAUGACUCUGUGUACCUGUGUGACUGCUGUAGCUGUAGCUCAGUGUAUAAAGGUAACUUACUGAAAAAGCUGGCUUCAGACUUCACUGCUGUUUCUACCCACAACACAAACGGGAUGCAUUUUGAAGUAGCAUGAACCUGAAAGUGUAAUAAUCUUAUUGAAAUGCCUUACAUUGCAUUGAGGAGAAAAAACCCGGUGCAUGGGCCUUAUCCAUCCAAGCAUCAGUGCACUUUUCCAAAUGCUUGUUAAAGAACUAAUUGUGUUCCCGAGCGCAGCAAAGAUAGGAUUUUUAUUCCUGUUUCAUUCAGGGAACUCAAUUUGGCGCCCACCGGUAUCAAUGUCAUUUUAAUCUGCAGGUAGAACGGCACGGCCCGAUUCGUGCCCCGCUUAUGAAUUUCAACCUGGAGGAAAUAUGAUUUUGGAUUGAUACAUUAAAUUAUUGCGUGCCAGGCUGUAGGGGUAAAAAAAAAAAAAGAGAGUGGAUGGGCUUCGCUUCACUGUAGCGAAUCAUAUUCACCUCAAACUUCAUUAUGUGAUCUACUUUGCAUACUUUAUUGUGACGGGUAUGUGCUCUCUUGACACUUUCCAAUAAAACGUGUGAUUUCCUUUU